CUAGAAAUCGAAGAACAGGCAGCACAGGUUUAUGUAAACGUUGAUGAACCAACUGAAUCUUCUACACGUGUUAAAUUGAUCAAUCUGUUGCAAUACAUCAAAUCCAGAAGAAAAACACUCAAAUCGGAAUAUGAGAGUCUUCCAAGUGGACUAUGUUCAGCUACUGAUUAUUGUAUGAAUGCUGUUAAUAAGCCUAAAAAUAGAUAUAAGGAUUUAUGUGCUUUUGAUCAUUCACGAGUUAAACUGGAUAUAGAAAACGAUGACCCUAAUUCUGAUUACAUCAAUGCUUGUUAUAUAACUGGAUAUUCCGAUGUUGAAAAGAAAUAUAUCGCUUCACAGGGUCCAAUUGAUGUUAUUAUUGAAGAGUUUUUGCGACUAUUGUGGGUUUCACAGACCGGGAAGAUUGUUAUGUUGACCAACCUGGUGGAAAUGGGAAAAGAGAAAUGUUUCAAGUAUUGGCCGGACAGUGGCGAAGAAAUGAAAUUUGGUAACAUUUCAGUGACAUUGGUCAACGAGGAUAACUAUUCUCACUUCGCAAUUAGAACUCUUAAACUCACAAAAGACGAAUAUGGAUCUAGAACCAUUAAGCAGUAUCAUUAUACAUCGUGGCCUGAUAAAGGUGUUCCUACUGAUAUUGCUUCAUUGGUUGAAUUCAGAAGUAAAGUGAUUAAAGCUGUAUCACCACAUCCAGGACCAAUGCUGGUACACUGCAGUGCUGGUAUUGGACGAACGGGAACUUUUAUAGCAUUAGAUUACUUGAUAGAAGAAGCUAGCGCAGAGUAUUCAGUAGAUAUCUAUGAAUGCGUUAAACAGAUGAGAUAUGAACGAGUUAACAUGGUCCAGACUUGGGGACAAUAUGUAUUUCUACAUGAUGCUUUAGCUGUAUGGUAUAUAGUUGAAGAUAUUACGUUUCCCGUGUCGUCAUAUCAACAAGACUAUCAUACAUUACUGAAGGUCAAUAGUUCGUCUGGUAAAUCAAAGCUUCAAGAACGAUUUGAGAUGCUUAAUGAUGUGUGUCCGCCACAAAGUACAGCCGAUUGUUCAGUAGCUUUAUCAGAAGAAAACAAGAAUAAGAACAGAGAUCUAUCAAUACUAGCAUCUGAUAAAGUUCGACUGUGUUUAUCAAAACCAUACACAACAGAUUAUAUCAAUGCUGUGUUUUUAUCGGUAAGAUAA